ACAUCAGAAAAACUUAAGGACGCAGCAACUACUACAAGUUGGGCAACUCAAAUGGAAGAAGAACUUAAAGAUAAGAUUAACAGGGAACACAAAGAGACAGUUCCAACUACUUCGGGCAUAGCUAUAGUACCCACAAGAAAGAUCACUCAUAAUACUCCAGCUCCAAUUCCUAUUCUCAGCCCAAAUAACCCUUAUAUUCAGGAUACCUCAACAAAUACAAAGGGUGAGGCCCAAACGGAAAGGGCAGAAAUAAUAGAGGUUCUAACACCAAAUAAUACAGGUUUGGUACCACAAAAAAUGGAAAUUGAAUCAGCAGCAGAAGAAUUGGAUAAACCUGCUCCAACUGCCUCAAAAAUGGAAGUCCUAACGAACUUAAAAGAACCAAGUUUAUCCCAAAACACCUUACAAGAAACACCAUUUACAGUAGUUUCUUACAAGAAAUCAAACAACAAAAAUAGCAAAAAGAAAGAAGAGGAGGAAAGGAAACUUACACAUCCGGGUCAACAACACAGAGUUUAUGAGAUCACCUCUCGG